AUGGCUGACUACUCUUGGAAAGACGGUAUCUUACUCAAGGUUGUGAAUGUCGUCACUUACUUCCUCUUCCUCGGAUCCAACAUCUACACCAUUGCUGCACCUUCAGACAUCUACUUCACUGGCAAGGAAACUUACCUUACUCCUGCGCCUUGGGCUUUUUUGAUCUGGUCCCUUAUACAUUUCCUUCUCCUCGGAACCAUCAUCUACCAAUUCUUCCCGGGAGGCAAGCAGGUCAUCAUUGAUGGAGUCUCUUGGCGUCUCCCUCUCCUCGGUGUCCUUAAUGCCAUUUAUGUCAAUCUUUGGGCAAGCCAUCACUACAUCGUCGCCUUCAUCUUUGCCCUCUUUGUAUCCUCCUCUGUGACCCACAUUUAUUACAUUGUCAAGAAGCAUCAUUCGCCCCAGUCAUCAGCUGACGAGAUCUUUGUUCAUCUUCCAUUCUCUUUGUACCAUGGAUGGACCACGGUUUUGGUUAUUUUGACCGCCUUCGAAGCUUUCGGUGUCAAUGCGCUCCAUCAUAAGGCAGGAGUUUGGACCAAAGUCUUUGUAUUCCUCGGACUGUUCUUUUUGGAGGGCACAGCUGCGACAUAUGCCUUCUCGAGCCCAGAAGGUGAUCUCCCAGCCUCUGUUGCUAUUGCAUGGUCGAUGUUUGCCAUUUUUUCUCACCAAACAUCGUCUGGUUUCGUCCACUGGUCUUCACUCGCCUUCUCCAUCUUAGCCCUUCUUUGGGUCAUCAAAGGGGCUAUUGGACUGUUUGGAAGGACUAGAGGAGGCGCUGUUCGGCUUGAAGACCCUGAGAGGGCACCUCUUGUUCCUGGAUCUACCUGA